AUGAUCAGCAAUGUUGAGGGUUACUUGUUAAAUACCACCACAGAAGCCUACAAUGGACGGGACGCUAAUAAAAACGGAGGUAGUAAGUGCCCCAAGCUCAUCACUUGCUUAUUGCCUAUAUUGUACUGUCACCUGUGUCCUAGAGGUAUCUAUGUGUCUCUGUCUGUAUACGGGACGGUACUGCGCAUCUCCACCAGACUCUCUGUGCCAUCCAUCACAGGGGCAGCAGGGCACCAGCUGUGGUGGGAGCCUCUACACCACGGUCGUGGGCGAUGCUGCAAGUCAGGGCCUUUGGUUUCUUUCUUUUUUGGUGAGCCAUUGUUCGACAUCGACCAGGCUGACUGGGCAAGGUGGGCCAACCAGGUCCUCCCCUUAGGAAUUUGGAAUUGGGGCCUAGAAGGAAGCACUGGGUUGGGGUUCUCUAUAGCUGCCCACACCUCCUUAGGGCUCCAGGCAGAAGGGAGGAGAAAGCAGGGUAGAGAGAGAGGCUGGCCCCCAAGGGGAUGA